AUGCCCUGUUUCAAGGGUCUCGCCGUGAGUAUACACACUCCGGACGGACCUAUCUCCGAAUACUCCAUUCAACGCCAGUCCCGGGCGUCUCGCAUAGCUUGCUACAUCCCCGUGCCACCACCCAAGAUCCCUGAAUCCGGAUCUGGACGCCCUGAGCAGUCAACGUUCGCUAUCUCCAUCACCCUUCUCAACCCCGGCCAAGACGUCCCAUACUCCGCCCCGAAACCGACCCCCGACAACCCCGCACCCAAGCCGAAGGUAGUUGGUGGGCUACCCGGGACUACCGGCGAGCGAGGCCAGUACAGCAGCACGGUUGCUCCGUACCAAGCAUUGACUAAUUCGCCAAAUGAAACGGUCGCCGCCUACAUCUACUUUGAUGGCCGGGCCAAGGAGGAAGUGGCCACACUGCUGCGGAGAGGUGAAGAAACGUGGGUCAACUCUCGAUGGGUCAGCGUACCGGUAUCAGAGGGCGGAGGUCUCGCCGAACGGGAGUUUCUCUUCCGCGAAGUCGGACUAGAAAGAUGGCUGAACGGCUUGGACUUGGAGGGUAAAGACGCUGCCGCCAAGAUCGAGCGCCGACGACAAAAAAUGGAGAAGCGCCGAAUCAAGCGGGAAGCAACUGGAGAUCUGGAGAUGGACGCAAAGUCGCGCAAAGGAGUCAUGCGCUAUGGCAACGAUGCAAAGUCCCCGCUAGAAGAUGUUUCGGACGACGACAUGUCGUUCUCCGAUUCGGACGAUGACCCGAUCCCCGAGUCUGCGGGUCAGAUCAAGGUGGCUUUGUUCCGUGUCCUGGCAUCUGGGGAGAUUAAGCGCGGAGAGUACUCACCACAGUUCGAUGCUCAUGACGAUGAUGACGAAGCCCAGGGCGAGAAUGGACAUAAAGGGGCAGCUGAUGCGGACAUUGAUCACACAACGAGCUUUGCGAAGCCAAAGACGCUCGACCCCAAGACGAUUAGCACGCAGACCGUGACAGGCAUCGACCCGUCCGACAAACCUUACGCCACCUUCACAUUCAUGUACCGUGGCGAGCGUCAAUUGCAAAAGAUGGGAAUUCUGAGAGACCCCAAGGCGCAAGAAACUCCCGGAUCCGCAAAGCGUCGGUCCUUGCAGCCAGACUUCGCUAAUCUCGGUCCCCUGAAACCGGGCGGCACGGUCGGAUUUGUGAAUUUCCGCGACAGCACAGAAAGAAAGAAAGGCAAGAAGUCUGGUGAGGAUGACGAGAUGGACAGUGAAGACGAUGAAGACAAUUCGAUUCUCGGUAAAGCAGAUGAAGAGGAGGGCAAAGAAGAUGAUCUUCAUUUGUCUCCGGACGAUAUCCGACGGCAAGGGGAGCUCGCGGAAAGUAUACGCAAAAUAAAGCUUAAACGUCAGCAUUCGUCUGCCUCGUUAGCUACGAAUACACCUCCGGCCGAGAGUGCGAGCCCCAAUACAGCCGGGGACACGCCUGCGACCAACGAUCCGUCCACUACUCCGCCCGCUGUUGCUGCGGCUACGGCCGCUGAAACCCCCAAGCCAGCCGCUAACACGCUGAACGGAGGAUUCAUCGGCAGUCCAUUGAAGAAGCAACGGGCGAGCGUCUCACAUUCUGAUGAAGACGCCAUGCGCCGACGAAUGGAGUCGGGACUUUCGCAAGAGAUUACGAAUGUUGGCCCAGGUGACAGUACCAAGGCAACCAACUCCCUUGAGACACACCCGCAAAAGCCCCAGGAGACCGAAGAUGAGGAACUGUAA